CCUUGAUUCACUCCGCUGGGGUUUCACUUCGGUUUUGCACAACCUCUCCGCAACAAACAUUAACUUCACCACCAAAAGGUAAGAGUUACUGCUUCUAUUGAGUCUUGAAAUUAAGGCUUUCGGUGUAAAAGUGGCUUCAUGGGAAUUUAGCGAAGUAAGAGCAGACUAAAUCCAAACGCAUCUUAUUCGCCUGACUCACGCAUGCCUCUAUCGAAGCUUGAAAAUCUACCGAAAGAGUGACUUAUGGAGAGAAACCGUCACGUAUGUAGUUUUGAGUGAGGAUAAGGUAAGCAUUCACCAUAGAUAUCAAAUUCUUGGAAAUUUUAAUCAAAUUGGGUUGCCGUAAAACUGAAUCGUUUGAAAGAUAACUGCGUGCCUAAUAGAUUGAAAGAGCCGCUAAUUUCGUUAAAAGUAAAAAACGUUUUAGAUCAGAUCGGCAAUAAGAGACAAAUUAGUCGUAUAACUUGCUUCGAAUGCAGAUAACUGCGCUCGUCUUGAAAUUUGCGUUCAUCGCUUGCAAUAUUGAUUGAGUCGUCUUUGUCUAUAUUGCUUAUUAGAGAUAUUUCCCGUUUUGAGGCCAGUCGAACUCUUUAGUUCUGCGGUUUUUGCUUCCAGAUUUCGAGUAGAAUUCUUAAAGCGCAUUCAUCGAUACAUUACGAAAUAUUAUUAUCAACAUAUAUAUAUAUAUAUUUCACUCUGAUUGCAACCUGUCAAGCGCCGUCGAAUAAUUAUCGAAAGUGAUAGUGAUUAGAACUGAGUUUCCGUUAACUUUGUGAUGAUUCUGUUACCAGCAUGGACAUUUUUAAGGUUAACUUUGUGAUAUGCCUAUUAUUUAUAGACGAUUUUGAGCAUUUUUUCGGUAAUUUUCAAUAAGUUCACUGGACUGAGUUGAUUCUUUAAUAGCUUGUUCAAUCAACACUUACAUGAUGAUUUGAAGUGACUUUGAAUUCGUCAUUCACUUAGCUUGUAUUAUUAAAACUCGCAUUCUUGAUAUCAUUUGGCCUUGUUUAUUGAUAGUAAUGAUAAUGACAUGACUUUUUUCGGGAAUAUUGUUUAUUUGCGCCCUUGUAGUGUCAUUUGCGGCCCGAGCGCGAAUAUUCCCUCAAAAAGUCAUGUUAUUCCCUUAUUAACGGCGUAGAUUGAUGAGGUUAUUGUUGAUGUAAAAAAACGCUGUUACAACUGCAACGGAAAAAGAAAAAAAGUACCAUCAAUAUGUUCUCCAAGUUUAAAAAGGAUCGCAUUAGAUGGGUAUUAUUGAAGUAAAUAUUACUAGUCGUCUAAUUUGCCUAAAACUAUUUCUGGAUCCUUGUCUUUCUUGUUGCGUUUUUCUCAGAAUUUACGUGCGUAGGUGAACGUUCCUUUUGUCUCUAGGAGACAACAGUUUCGAACCUUUGAACUCCUGGCGAGAUAACAAAACUCUCAUUGUUCGGUGGUAUUUGAAUUUCUCUUUCUAGGAGAGUUCUUAACGCCCCAAUUAUUUAUUAACUACGCAGUAUCGGAUGAAGAUUGGUAACGUCGUUUCUGUUGUAGUUCGCGAUCGAGUCGUUUCAAUCUCAGGCAGCUUGUUCCGUAAUGGGAAAAUGCUACUGUAUUUGUGCUUAGAAUUAAUAAAAGGGUCGCUUUAGAUGGACAGCAACGAAGUAAAUUAUUCAGAGACCUUGCUUGAAAAAUGCAAAGAAUUUUAAUAACGAUCUUCCAUUGAAGUAUUUCUCGCUACUCUCUUCACUAAAUUUGCUUACCCUAUGUUCAGCGCAAAGUUUUCUUACUCAGAUAGGACAUCCGAACCUUUCCACUCUCGUUUUAUGGGUCAGAAAUCUUUUAUUUUCUGGUAGCUUUCUCUAUCUUUGAAGAAGAGUCGUUCAGGCAUACUAAUUAAUAAAUUAACUAAAGGUGUGUGUUGCAAGAUUUAGCUUGGUAAAGUUGUUCCUGAUAUUGUUCGUGUCGUUUCAGUCGUUUAAACAAACAUGCAGUACAGUCGAACCUCGAUUAUUCGGACUCGUUGGGACUAAAUGAAAUAGUCCAGAUAAUCAAGGGUCCGAAUAAUCGAGAAUGUAAAUAUUAGAAGGAACAAAAUCUAAUUAAAUUAAGAAAGCGACCUUUCAUCGUGAAACAAAACAUUUACAAAUCAAUGAAACAGUCUGUUUUUGACUUUGUGGAAAAACCAAACCCGCAUUCACGAUAUGUAUAUUCGGUAGACUUUACACAACGAGCAAGAAAAAACGUAUUUGCAGAAGUCAACCAACUCAAUACAAUGGUUCACAGAGGUGCACUUGCUUAAGUCAUGACUACUUUUAUUCAAUUGCCUCCCAGCCUUGGAAAUGACCCAAAUGGCUCUUUUAAAAAAAGCCUCAGGGUAAACAAAUUGUCACAUAGCUAAACGGCUUAAGAUAGUGGAAGCUAUGGUCAAAGUCAAACGAAAAUAAGUCUCUUCAUGCGGGAAUUCAUGGUGUUGCCACCAAAGUUAUUGCGCGUUUCUUUUAACGUUAGUCAUUUUCUUUUUAGUCUCUGUCGCUUUUUUAUUAAGUUAUUUUGUUCUCCCAGAAGUUGCUUUCAUUAAUACUCUGUUACCUUUGUUUUGAAUAAUUUUUCUUUGUUUGUGUCAUUCAACAUUUCGACCGCUUCAAAUGUUGAUUUCGCUUCAAUAGCAUGAGGAGCUUGGCCCCGAAAAAAAUCCGCAGCAUGCAUUCUACGGAGAACUCUCCUAGAAAGAGAAAUUCAAAUACCACCGAACAAUGAGAGUUUUGUUAUCUCGCCAGGAGUUCAAAGGUUCGAAACUGUUGUCUCCUAGAGACAAAAGGAGUGUUCACCUACGCACGUAAAUUCUGAGAAAAACGCAACAAGAAAGACAAGGAUCCAGAAAUAGUUUUUAGGCAAAUUAGACGACUAGUAAUAUUUACUCAGCUGUAGGGCUGAUAAUGCAUUAGCAGCCCGCUGUCAGUCUUUUCCGGCCCGCUGAACGUGUGUUUUGAAGAGGCCGAUUUUCUAUUUGGCCGCGUAUAUUGAUAAUAAUAUAGGUUAAAGAUUCACCUAAUUAUUAAUACUGCAUCUAUGCUCGACAAUUACGAAAACACAAGAAAUCUGGCAUUAAAAUCACUUGGCGCGAUCUUAUCAUGGAGGCUGAAGGCUUCGAUCGAUCGGCUGAGCUUUCUAUAGUUACGGGAUCCAAUCUCGACCCCAAAAAGUCCUGGUAUAUGCUAACGAAAAGUUAAUGUGAAAUCAGGCCGAAAGCUUUUGCAAAGAACGAAUUGUUUCGUCGAUUCCGCGAUGACUACAAUACGUUCUGUCCCGCCAGCAGGUCUCGAGCGCGCCAACAAAGGCUGUUCGUUCAACGCCAGGUAACCAAAUAACAUGCAUGUUAUAUCUUCAAUUGGUCUCUGUGCCGGAUUAAUUAGACAGGGAGAAAUCCAGCAGAUGGAUUCGCAAGGUCUCAAAAUAUAAUCUUGUUGUUGAUGCGGUAAAUCAAAUCGCCCUCGACCGUUCACUUUAAUGCCUCCAGUCGAAAUAUCAUGGGAAAUUGCAAUGAUGUCAGUCAAGAAUAGCCGAGCUUGACAAAGACAUUCGGGAACUACUAAACGAUAAUAAUUAUAUAAGUUAAUGGUGGAUGCCUCAACUUUCAGUCAAAAGAAAGAGUCCAGACAAAGAGCGGUCUCCUGAUAUAAAUAAGUGUGAAUUCAAUUUUUCGUGCCCUCUUGGGUAGUCUAUACCUGAGGAUUACCUUUAAUCUCUUGCGUACCCUCUUGGGUAGUGUAUACCUGAGGGUUAUUUUUAAUCUCUUCUAUACCCUCUUCGGUAGUGUAUACCUGAGGGUUAUUUUUAAUCUCUUCUAUACCCUCUUGGGUAGUGUAUACCUGAGGGUUAUUUUUAAUCUCUUCUAUACCCUCUUGGGUAGUGUAUACCUGAGGGUUAUUUUUAAUCUCUUCUAUACCCUCUUGGGUAGUGUAUACCUGAGGGUUAGUUUUAAUCUCUUCUAUACCCUCUUGGGUAGUGUUUACCUGAGGGCUAUUUUUAAUCACCUCUAUACCCUCUUGGGUAGUGUAUACCUGAGGGUUAUUUUUAAUCUCUUGCAUACCCUCUUGGGUAGUGUAUACCUGAGGGUUAGUUUUAAUCUCUUCUAUACCCUCUUGGGUAGCGUAUACCUGAGGGUUAGUUUUUUUCGUGCCCUCUUGGGUAGUGUAUACAAGGGUUAUUUAAAUCUCUUGCAUACUCUCUUGGGUAGUGUAUACCUGAGGAUUGACUUUUAAUAUCUUCUAUGCCCUCUUGGGUAGUGUAUACCUGAGGGUUAUUUUAAUCUCUUGCAUACCCUCUUGGGUAGUGUAUACCUGAGGGUUAUUUUUAAUCUAUUCUAUACCCUCUUGGGCAGCGUAUACCUGAGGGUUAGUUUUAAUCUCUUCUAUACCCUCUUGGGUAGUGUAUACCUGAGGGCUAUUUUUAAUCUGAGGGUUAUUUUAAUCUCUUGCAUACCCUCUUGGGUAGUGUAUACCUGAGGGGUAUUUUUAAUCUCUUCUAUACCCUCUUGGGUAGUGUAUACCUGAGGGUUAGUUUUAAUCUCUUAUAUACCUUCUGAGGGUUAUUUUUAAUCUCUUGCAUACCCUCUUGGUUAGUGUAUACCUGAGGGUAAUUCUUAAUCUCUCCUAUACCCUCCUGGGUAGUGUAUACCUGAGGGUAAUUUUUAAUCUCUUUUAUACCCUGUUGGGUAGCGUAUACCUGAGGGUUAUUUUUAACCUUUUCUUAUCCCUCCUAACUCAGCAGUCGCGUAAGACGAUAUUCAUAUGUGUGAAUUUGUUCCCAAUGACCUAAAAUGCAAUAACGAUGUUUUAGACCAGCUUCUUCCCUGGUAUAGUCGAUUUUGAUAAGACUGAUGUCUUCGGAAAAGCUCAAAAUGCCGUUCCAAACUGAAACCUUCGCACAUAAAAGGUCAUUAUAAGAAUAACUGCAUUGCGCCGAAGCUUGAAGACCGAACGAGGAGACUAUCAGUUGGAAGCGAUGUGUAUUCUCUGGAUUAUCUAAUCAACACAGUUUCUGGACUUUAAAAGUUAAAAACCAUGACCUGUAUAAAGAAGGGUUUGUCGGAAUUAACCUUACGUAGGCCUAGGUCUUCGAUAAUGGAGGUGAAAUCAGCUUUACCGGUGCCGCUUUUUAGGCAAUUUUUGAGUCCCUUCGUUUUACGUGUUUUAAAUUGUUCUUGUUAUAUGUUUCUGUAACAUUUGGUCAGGAAUAUUCGUGGACCUUGUGUUAACGAUUUACUGUUGUCUUCUUUAAGACAUGCAUUGUCUUUACAGAGAAAAUAAGGUUAGCGUAUCGCCCUUUAAGUUUUUUCGAAUUAGACCCGUUAAGUUUGUACGAGACAUUUCUCUGGACUCUUGUUUCUGGAAAAUGAGUGAACAAAGUAGAGUUGCAUCUUGAAAUUGAUUGGAAUUGUAAUCAUCGGAAGUUGCGGUUUUUUCCAUUUCAUUCGAGGGGAGCAUAAUUACAUUUUUUGAAGCGAUUAUCGGAUGUCCUGGAAUGUUAAGCGAACACCUCGUGCCACCAAGAGGCGUCGAACCUUGGCUUGAAUUACUUAUGCAAAUUAGCUGGCUGGACAUUCAAUGUGCAGCGGCAUAAAGGGUAAAAUAUGGACUGGACUAUUUUUUGGACCAUUUUUUUGGACUAUUUUUUUUUUUGGACCAUUUUAAAGGGGGGAGCACAACAUUACUACUGAGGGAAGGGUGGGAUGAAGUCUAUUAGUACUAAGGGAGGGGUGGGAGGUGGAAUGUUAUUACUCAGGGAGGGGUGUGAGACGGACCAAUACAACGCAGGGACGGGUGGGAGGUGGUUGUAAUAGGAAACACUGCUGGUUAACGGAGCUUUUACUCGAUCGUACAAACAAUUUUAAUUGGUUUUUCGACUUUCGAAACGUUGGAUCUGUGAAGUGUAACUUCUUCGUUUACAUUCAUUAAAUCUGCAAACCAGAGUAGCACCAAACUAUGUCUGAUUGUCCACCUGGUUGCCGUGAGAACUUUAAUAUAUUUUUAACAUACCUUUACUUCACUUUUCAACGCUAUAGUGUUAAAGAAUAUGGUUACGGAUCUUGUUCAUGACCAAUAAAUAUUCAUGGCAAAAUUGGGAUUAGGGAAAAAGUCCGGAUAAUCUAGGUUCGGAUAAUCUAGGUCCGGAUAAUCGAUAAUCGGAUAAUCAUGAUCAAACACAUCGAACUCAUUUCACGAUGAAUCCAUAUUAAUCCUGUGAGCCAAAAUAUUUAUACUCAUUUAGUUCCGAAAGUUUAAAGUUGACUCAGUUGAUUAACAUGGAGGGGUUAGAAAGCACGUCCUUAACUGAAUUUUAAUACUCUCACAAAGAGGGAUAGAAAAACUGAAAACUUAUUUCAAAAUCAAAAUUAAAACCGCAAGUUUAAGAAAUUGUAUUCUUGUUGCGCCAGAAACAUUGUAGAGAUUCACAACUUAACUUAACGAGCUCAAAACUUACCAUCUCUAUUCUAUUUACAAACAUGACACUAUCGACAUUGCUGAUUCUAGCGAUAUUCAGGACGCGUGUCAUAUGAACUACGCAAUAUAUCUCGUUCAUCGUAAAGUCUCUGUGGCUCCGUGGUAGAGCAUCGGAGCUCUGAGGUUCGAUUCCUCGUGGGUACUCAGAAUUUUUUCUUUGUCCCAUGCUCGUGACAAGACGAAAAACGUCUUCCUCUAUUUCUUUAUCGAGCUCAAAACUUACCAUAUCUCUUAUUCUAUAAUUAAAGUGGGAAUUACCAAUCAGAUGUUCAUAUACAUCAACGAAUUGCUAAUCAAAAAUUUAAUUAAAAAGCUCCUAAGGUGAUAAAAUAAAAAAUUAAAUUUGCGAAUAAUAUAUUCUGUAACCUGUGGACACAAUGCCUUUGAUUUCUAUACAAUACUCCGAUUUGGACAAACUGAAUUGACGGACCAAUUACAACUGACAUGUAAAAUAACACAAAAGCCUUCAGUAAGCGGAUAAAAAGUAGGAACUUUGAAUGACAGAUAUUGAAAAAAUUAUUGUUUCAUUUGAUAUUUACGCUUGUUUAAACGCUGUCAUCUUCAGGUGAACUUGGUAUCGAUUGUCUGGGACUAAAUCAUUGAAUGACUCAAAACUCAAGAAAUGACCGAGAAGAAUCUUCAAGGUAAAGUUAUUUUUUAUUUUAAAAAAUCAUAAACAUGCAAUUCUGGCAAAGAAGAAAAUGGUAAAAUUGUAGAGUAACUCCUUAAAUCAUUUCUACAAAAUUACGUUUUAUGAUGACAAGGGUCAAACUGAUCAUAUUCAUAAUCUUUGCAGUAGAUCCUCCACCAUAUACAUCGCCUGAGCAGCCUCCUGUCUCAGCUCAACCUGGUAGCCCUGCUCAGCCUGGAUAUCCACCCCAGCCUGGUUACCCACCUGGUUACGCAGCCCAACCAAAUUACAAUGCGCAGCCAGGUUACCCAGCGCAGCCUCAACCAGGGUAUCCACCUCAGCCUGGGUAUCCACCUCAGCCUGGGUAUCCACCACAGCCUGGGUAUCCAGCACAUCAACCGGCAGUGUAUCCUCAACAGUCUGUUCAGCAAGUACAACAAAGCAGCACUGUGAUCAAUAUUGGCGCCCCUGUAAGUUUAAGACUGAUUGUUGACAUUAUUUCCUGACUUUACCGUGUAACUACAUAUCAGUUGUCUUCCCUCUUCAAUGCUUAGUCUUCCUUUUUGUUUAUAGGACGUUAAAUUGACUCCUCUAUUCUUGCACAGGCUGCCCAGACUAUCGUGGUGCCAGUCAAUCCUCGUCCUCCAAAUCACAUGUGUUGGUCUGUGUUCAACUGCCUUUGCUGUGCAUGGCCCAUAGGACUGGCAGCUAUUGUGUUUUCUUGCAUGGUAAGACAGAAAAAGUUUGAAAAUCCAUCAUAUGAGAAAACGGAAAACGGGCUUAGAAUUGUACGUGCUCGACCUUGCAAAGCUCGGUCUGUGAUGCUGAAUAAGAUCUCUAUUGAGUCUCUGUAUGAAUACCAUAAAUGUUGGGGAAUAAAGUAUUCGCGACGAUCAUGAAGCUAACGUAUGGAUAACCUUUUAACCAACUAUAGUCGUUUCAGCAAACUUCGUGCUCAGGAUCUGUAAUUAUAUAGUGCAUUCACAGUCAUUCUAUAGCAAACUUGAACAUAAUUUGUUCAUGAUGUCCAACAGUCGCAUUUCAAAAAGUAAUAUUGAAGUUCAAGACUUGCAAAAAGGUACUGUGGUUUUAAACCUCACACAAUAUUCAACAUUAUUUCUCAUCACAAUUGGCAGUAAUACUACAAUUGAUUGGCCAAUUUGCCGUUGUCAAAAAACCACUAAACCACUGUUGAUUUGUUAAAUCGAAAAUGGUUCUUUUCAACCGUUGCAAGAUAAUCAAUACUGGGGCUAUAAAACUUUAUUUUGGUUACAUAAUCUCCUUUCUUUGUUGUUUGUUUGUUUGUCUGAUGUUAGUUUCGUUUGUGUAUUUGAAGGUGGACAGUUCAUAUGCUGCAGGAGAUUACGAUGGUGCCUUGAGGAACUCUAACAUUGCUAGGUGGCUCAAUAUUGCAUCUAUCAUCUUUGGCCUUAUCAUAUACAUCGUUAUCGUAUCCAACGCGGUUGCAGCCUAGUUAAUUUAGUCUACAGAACAUGCAGAAGAUUAAGGUAGAGCUCAUUUGCCAAAUCGGGUUUUUUCUCUUUUGUAAAAAUUUUGGUCAUAUAACACGUACUCAACUGUUUAUCAUAACAUAAUUUAGCAUAAAUUUCAAUUAUUUCCAAUCGAGGUUUGGUUCUUUUCUAAAUUCUUUUUAAAUCCUGAUGGCCAUUAUAUUUUACGGUUACAUUUUACAGUUACAGCGUAAUUUUUACCGCUCGUCGCUGUACCGAAUGAAAUCUUCUUUCGUGCGCUUACAAUUUGACUGGAUUUUAGAUUUUAUUAAAAAGAUGGAAUCCCGUCUUGCAUGAAGAUGGAUGGAUGAUAAGCAGAUUUUUGCAUUUACGCUAGUCUUUUCUUCUUUGUAUUGACUUUAAAGUUCGGGCAAUAAACGGGUG